CAGGGAAGCACCAUGCCACCAGCCGCUCAUCACAUGAUUCUUCUCUUGUGACAAUCUAGAGAGCGAAGAAAAAAAACCCGUUUGAGUUCAGCGGAGUUACAAUACUCUUCGGUGGGACAUGCUUGUUGUUCUGGCGCCAAGGCAGCAAAGAUGGAAUUCAGUUAACUCUCUGAACACUCUUGCGUCGACGUGCCAAUUUCAAACUGAGCUUUGUUGCGUCGCGACGAAGUUGGCGCAUGGAGAGGGACCAACUUUCGUUUUUGACGCAGCGUCUUUUUUUGUGAACUAGUGUCAUUUUUUUUUUUUGUUUUUUUUUUUGUGUGUGCUUGUUUUAGCGUCGACGUACCUCGACGUCCUUUUGUUUAAAGUUACGCAGCAGACCGGACAACUUUGGCUGACAUGGUGGACAGCAAACCCAUUCUUCAGGACAGACCUCCAGCCUACAACACUGUCCCCGGGGCUUACGAGUAUGCGCCCCCGCAGCAGCAGGCUCAGCAGCCGCACAGCUACGGGGCUAUCCCCGCCGCAGCCCCACCGCCCUACCACUACCCAGACAGCAGACAUGCCUACCCAACAGCCCAAAUGGGAGCAGCUGUGUCCCAUCAGCCCUAUUCUGGAACCUACACAGUUAUUCAACCCUCUGUUGUGGUGGUCGGAGGCUGCCCGGCCUGCAGAGUUGGCGUUCUGGAAGACGACUUUACCUGCCUGGGAAUCCUGUGUGCCAUCUUCUUCUUCCCGCUGGGCAUCCUCUUCUGCUUCGUGCUGCGGCAGAGACGGUGCCCUAACUGCGGCGCCACCUUUGGAUAGACCAAGCAAACGAAAGCGUACGACACGUGUACUCGACGAGCGAAAGGUUGGGGAUGUUGGGCAUUUGGGUUUAAUGUCAGCAUCAGCCUAAAAAUGCGUUUACCGUGAAGUCCAACGUCCCGAACUUUUUAAAGCAGUGUAUACAACAAUCCAGUAUUUUUAUGCCUUUUUUCCCCUUUUAUCACACACUGCUGACAUGAAACAUGCUUAAAAUGUAGAUUCAGAGUUAUAUUUGAGAUGUAUUCAUCAAUGAUGAAGCGCAAUACUAUUUUUAUGUUGAUUUGAGUUCAUGUCUAGGCUCAGUGCUGCUGACCAAUCCCACAUUUUUUUUAGUGGACGACUAGGAAGUUUGGAUGGAAAUGGACAGCUGCCUGCAGCAAAUUUUGUGUAUUAAUCUCUGAGGGCCAUAUUUGCACUGAUUGUCAAUGACUCUGCUUGCUUCCUCCUUCCACGUCUUUUCCAGGCCAAGAAAAAGCCGACCUCAGGUACUUUCACCUCUAUUGUUUAAAAAGCGGACUCUUUUUGUUGAGAGCGCACAAAUGAUUCAAAAAUGAUCAUGGCUGGACUCGUCCUAGUGGCUCGCCGCCCACUCUUCUUCCGCAAGACAAUCAAAACGUGUCGUCUUCCAUCCCUGCAAAAGAUGUCAACUUUUGCCAGAGAACUUUUUCAUUUUUGGAAACAAACUUGCGCACGUUUGCUCCUAUGAUUGAGCUUCUUACUUUUAUAUACUGUAUACUAGUUUAUGAUAUUAAAAAUAUCUUACCCAA